AUAUUUUUAAUUCUAAAAUCGUCUGCAACUGGGGUUGUUGAGGGUUUUGACCACUUUCAUAUUUGGAGAAAGUGAACUUGCUCUUUGCUUUUUUCUUUUUUCCCCAGAAACAAACAGAGCAGAAUUAAACAAGGAAAAAAGAUGGCGCUUUCUACAUCACUGAAUUCGGUCUCCAUAAUCACCAAAGCCUCUCUUACGAAUAACCCUAUAACCUUGAAUCUUCUCAAAACUAAUCCAUCAUUGAAAACCUACCUCAAACUCAACCCCAUUUCGAAACCCUCUUCUCUUUCUCUUUUCACUCAACCAUCCAAACUUAGAUCCAAAAUUCAAUAUUUUCGAAGACCCACUAUCCGCUCUCUCUUCACCGGCAUCGUCGAAGAAAUGGGUGAAAUCAAGCAACUGGGUAUGGCCGAUCACGGCGGAUUCGAUCUCAAAAUACACGCGAAAACCGUUACAGAAGAUAUCCACCUUGGUGACAGCAUUGCCGUUAAUGGAACUUGCCUAACGGUCACAGAUUUUGAUACCCGUUUGGGAGAAUUCACGGUCGGGUUGGCUCCUGAAACCCUAAGGAAAACUUCAUUGAGUGAGUUGGAACCCGGGUCAUUGGUGAAUUUGGAGCGGGCUAUCCAGCCCACAGGGCGGAUGGGGGGUCAUUUCGUGCAGGGACACGUGGAUGGGACAGGGGAGAUAGUGGGGAAAGAGGUGGAAGGGGAUUCACUGUGGAUUAAAGUUAAGGUUGAUAAGAGUUUGUUGAAGUAUGUGGUGCCGAAAGGGUUUAUAGCCGUGGAUGGAACUAGUUUGACUGUGGUGGAUGUGUUUGAAGAGGAACUUUCUUUUAAUUUUAUGUUAGUAGCUUAUACUCAACAAAAAUGGUGAUUCCUUUGAAGGAAGUUGGGCAAAAGGUGAAUUUGGAGGUGGAUAUUCUUGGGAAGUACGUAGAGAGACUUCUCAGCAGUGGUUUUGUUGAUUCAAUGAAAGGCUCAUGAC